GGUGCGGCGCCGUCCCCGCAGGGAUGCCGUCGGGCUGCCCGCCGGCCGUCCCCAGGCUGCAGUACCGCAGCUCCCGCUUGCUCCGCGCCGCCUUCCUGCGCCUGCACCAGCAGCAGCAGCGGGCGGACGUCUUCUGCGACGUGCUCCUGCGGGCCGAAGGGGAGGUGGUGGCCGCGCACUGCUGCGUGCUGGCGGUGUGGAGCCCGUUCUUCAUGGAGCGCCUGGCCCGCCAGCUGCCCCGCGCGGGGCGCCGCGUGGUGCUGGAGCUCGGAGGGCUGAAGAUCGCGACGCUGCGCAAAGUGGUGCGCUUCCUGUACACGGCCGAGCUGGAGGCCUCCCGGGAGGAGGUGCGGGACGUGCUGGCGGCCGCCCGCCGGCUCCGCGUGGCCGUGCUCGAGUCGCUGCAGCUUCGGGAGGACGGGCUGGUGCGGCCCGGGCCCCGCCGGCAGCUCGACCGCAGCUGUCUGCGCGGCCCCGGGUCCUGCGGCGUGCCCCUAGCGGACGCACCCCGAGAACGGCCGCUCCCUCCAGAGACCGCGGGUCCGGUCCCCCCCGUGGGGCGGCUGAAACUGAGGAGGAUGGAAGGCCGACGCGGCUGGGAGGUGGUGCAGGAUGGGCAGUUCUCUCUGGAGCCCGUCGCCGUGGAGACCCGGACGGGAACGGAGCCGUGGCUGCCACCGGCUGCUGGUGGGCUGGUGGAGGACGACCUGGAGGAGGAGGUGGACGUGGGGACGGCACAGCCGUGCCUGCCCCCCGGCACCGUGUGCGUCUGUCCCAGCCCCUCGUCGGAGUCGGAUGGGGAGGUGGACGUCCUCGGUUAGGGGAGCUGCUA